CGUGUACUGAGAUGGGAAACUACAUUAUUAAAACUAUUGGCUACUAGUUGUGGAAAUUUUCACAAAUCAAAUGAUUACCUUGGGAAUGCUUAUUAUGGCACACAUGAUGAUAAGUAAUACAUUAUUGGCUUUAUUCUUAUGUCCCCUUCCUUAAUGUUCGUCAAUAAUCUGAUUCUAGGCAGCUUUGCUCGUCAAACUUUAUAACACGUAUGGUUAGAAGAAUCAGGUUUUCUCAUCGACUUGUCGUUUGGUUUAAUGGGUGUUGAGUAGCAAACAGAUUAACGACGGAAAUCAGUGGGUAAAAUAAUGGUAUUAUAGGUGCAAUCAGGUAAAAUGAGGUAAGUAUAUACUGAGAGAUAGCUACGACAGGUGAGUGAAUAAUUUCAACAAAAUUCUGGAUAUAGUAAGUCUAAUCGAAGCUAUUCAAAAGAGAUCUGGCUGUUUUUAGCAAUAUUUAUUAGGUACCAAAACUUGGUUUAUCGUUAGUUUUUCUAAAGAAGCAACUAAAAUAACAAUCUUAAUAUAUUCAUAGUGAUUGGGCAAAGUAUCUCAUCAAAUCAUCUUACAUCAAUAUAUAUUUAUUUUAAAAUGUUUAGGUAGCCUUUGUACAGAAAGUAACAAAGUAUUUCCUGAAGCCUUUGUUGAGGAAACAAUUAAAAAGUCUUAUCGGUCACCGGUAAUGAUUUCAGAAAAUAACUUCCAUCAAAAUCAGAGGGACUUACAUUCAUGUAGCAAUAUACAUCCGACGGCAAAAGAUUAUCGUGAUAAUUUAGAUUAUUCGAAAAGCUUACCAAGUUUAGAAAAUGAGAUUUUAGAACGCUUAAUACAAAGUCAAAUUCAAUGUGAUAGAUUAACCAAUCAACUAAAAGCUCAAAGUAUGGAAUUUAUUCAACCUAAUAUAGAAAAUAAAUCAAUUUACUCUACUCAAAAGCGACCCAGAGCUAUGGUAGAUGCUGAAAGCAUAGUGGCUUCUCCUGUAUCUGAAUACGAUCUUAAUAAACAAGUAAAUGAACGAUGUGAUGAUGAUAUUUAUCCUCAGGAAAGUGAUAAUUCUUUCAUUUCUAAUGAUCAUCUGGUGAAAUUUGUUGAAGAUAAAAAUGUUACAAGUCAUCUUCAAAGUUGGCUUUCUCCUUUGGUUAGCCGAUAUAAUGAUCUAUUCACGAAUUUACGAGUGUCGUGUAUGGAUCAUCUACAAUCAUUAGGUCAAUCUGAUUGUGCAAGGAAUCAACGCUUGAUUUUUCACGCGGUUCAAGCCGGCUUCACUGUCACCAGCCAUGUGAUCCAUCGUCUUCCCAGUUACACUCAAAAAGAAAAUUAUGUGUCAAGGAAUGUUGGUGAGCGACAAUUCUCCGCAUCUGACAUAUCGCUCAAUGCUGAUCAAUUAGAUAAACUUGUAGCCGCAACAUUCAGGCGUCUUUCACGUCACGCUCCACCAGAAUGCGCAUGUCAUACUUCAAUUACUUCGAUGAGUGGGACAAAUAUUAAACGGCCUAUUUCCAUAAGACGACCUGUGACAUCUCAGGAACUGACUGCUUUAGAUAACCUUCUAAAGGAAGUUUGUUGUCUUGCUUGGCACCUACUGGCUGGAAAAAAGAGUCCACAACUAGAUAUUGAAUCAGAUGGAGUUCAAUCUACUUGGUAUGCAGAUGUGGAUAAAGCUGCCAAACCUGGUGAUCCAUACAAUGACAAAUGUUAUCGAAGAAGCUAUGAUUCAGACCCAUCUGCUGGUCAAGUUCACCAUUACAUUUGGCCAUGUUUAAUUUUAUAUAAUCAAAGACCUACUGAAAUUCAACAGCGAUUUCAAUCAACAAAAAUGGAUAAGACUAAUAGAUGUAAAUCGGUUAAAGCAUGUAUUUUGGUGAAAGGAGAAGCAUGUACACGUAAUCCAAUAUAUGCAGCAUCGCAAAAAGAUAAAGCUGCUGCUUUAUUAAAUCAUGAAUAUUCUUGUCAGAAUGUGUGUAGAUGCACGUCACCGCAGAAAUAUGGUAGAUCAAGAUCAGCAUCAAUUCGGAGAGUCUAGCAAAUAUUGCUUUGCUUUUAGAAAGAAACAUAGUGUUGACAAUUUAUUCAGAAAGCUUUGUUUAUUCAGUAAAAAAAAUUUGGAAUGGUCUGCAUCAAUUAAUCCUUAUAGUUAUUCUGUGACAAAUCAAUUAGCUGUUGAAUUUAUAACUUUUUAUGUCUUUUAUGAUCAUUAUUAUUAUUACUGUAGUAUUGACUGUGUUUAUAAUUUAACAAAACCAUGACGAAUUUUGUAAAAAACAGUUAUUUCGCAUAGAUUUUUAAAUAAAAUUUCUAUUUUAUAA